AUGGCAUCCUUUCCACCGCGGUUUCUGAUUUGGGGUGGCAGUGGGUGGCUGGCCGGUCUUCUAGAGGACCUUCUCAAGAAGCAGGGCAAGGAGGUGUUUACCACUACAGUGCGCAUGGAGGACCCAAUCGAAACUGGGAAGGAGCUGCAAAGAGUUCGGCCGACGCAUGUUUUGAACUGCGCCGGGUGUACUGGCAGGCCGAACGUCGACUGGUGCGAGGACCACAAGGCCGACACGGUGCGCUCAAACGUUAUUGGCGUGCUUAGCCUUGCGGAUCAGUGUUUUCGGAGCAAUAUCCACUGCACGGUGUUUGCGACUGGGUGUAUCUAUCAGUACGAUGAGACUCACCCCAUAGGAGGUCCUGGAUUUACGGAAGACGACGCACCGAACUUUGCCGGUAGUUUCUAUUCCAUGACCAAGGGUCAUGUUGAGCCUAUCCUGAGCAGCUAUGGGAACUGUCUUAUCCUACGCCUUCGCAUGCCCGUAAGCGACGACCUCCACCCGCGUAACUUCGUCACCAAAAUCAUCACCUACGAACACGUCGUCGACAUUCCAAAUAGCAACACGAUUCUUCACGACCUCUUACCGGCCUCGCUCGUGCUCGCAGAGCACAAGGAAGUGGGGGUGUACAACUUUACAAACCCGGGCGCGAUCUCGCAUAACGAGGUCCUGGGGUUGUUCAAGGAGAUUGUGCGACCAGACCUGACUUGGCAGAACUUUUCGCUCGAGGAGCAGGCAAAGGUUAUCAAGGCAGGGCGCAGCAAUUGCGAGCUGGACGUGACCAAAAUAGUGACGAAGCUCGGGGAGUAUGGAUACGAGAUACCCGAGGUCCAUGAAGCGUAUAGAGCAUGCUUUGAGAGGAUGAAGACAGCAGGAAUUAAAUAG